AUGCAUAUUCUCGUGGUCAAUGACGACGGUCCGCCGUCUCCCCACUCAUCUCCCUAUGUCCAUUCUCUCGUUCGGGAGCUCCAAGCCCACGGGCACACCGUCUCGGUCUGCCUCCCACACACCCAGCGUUCCUGGAUCGGCAAGGCACACAUGAUCGGCCAAACCGUCAAGCCACUGUACUACCGCCCUCCCCCGCCGUCCGCUCCCGCCGCGGGCCUCACACACGACGGUGGCGACGACAACAACAACAACAACAACAACACCAACAACGAAAGCAAACAACAACCCGCAUCAACCCCAGCCACCGGCACUGGCACCACCGCAGGCCACGGCACGACGCACCCGCGGCCCAGCACACGCCGCGGCACCGAGGAAUGGAUCCUCGUCGACGGCACGCCAGCCUCGUGCGUGCAGAUCGGCCUGUACCACUUCUUCCGCGACCGCGGGCCCGUCGACCUGGUGGUCAGCGGGCCCAACUACGGCCGCAACACCACGGCCGUCUUUGCCCUCAGCAGCGGCACCCUGGGCGGCGCGCUCGAGGCCGCCGUCUGCAAGCACCGGGCCGUGGCGCUGAGCUACGCGUUCUUCAGUAGGAAUCAUGAUACGGGCAUCAUUGAGAAGGCGACCAGGCAGGGGGUGAGGGUCAUUGAGGCGUUGGUGAGGGAUUGGCCGGCGGAUGGGAGCGUGGAUUUGUAUAGUGUUAAUGUGCCGUUGUUGGAGGGGUUGGAGAAGGGGAAGGUGCUGUAUACCCCGAUGCUGCAGAAUUAUUGGGGGGCGGGGAGCUGUUUUACGGAGGUGGAUGGGAGUGUGGAUGGGGAGGAGGAGGAGGAGGAGCGGAUUCGGGAGGGUGAGGGGAAGGUCGAGGAGGAGGAUGGUGGUGAUGCUGGGGAGGGCUCGAGUGCGUGCCAUACGCACAAGCACUUUAAGUGGUCGCCGCGGUUCACGGACGUGUAUCAGAGCGUGGAGGAGGCGCCGCCAGGGAAUGAUGGCUGGGCGGUUAAGGAGGGGCAUACAAGUGUUACGCCCCUUAAGGCCAACUUUUUCCAGCCGGCCACACAACUGCACGGAAAGGAGUUGCAAUUGGGAGCUUCUAGGAGCUCAACCUUUGGAGCUAUGCCCGAGUCCGUGGUAGGCGCUUCGGCCGCCCAGAUUCAAGAUCUUCCGAUUAGAACAAAGCGGAAGCCUCAGGUUUACGCGCUGGUCGACUAUGACGACGAUUAUGUGCAGCCCCUGAUCAUGGCCGCCAUGAAGUCCCUCCUCCCGGCCGACAGCUAUACCCUCGUCAAACCGCCAUCGAGUUGGUCCAAGUCAUCGCCGGAAAUUACGCUCCCGGACCUCAUCGCGGAGCCCAGCGCCAAGGUCCUCCAGAUUAUGCCUUACGAGAGCAUCGACUUCGACUUCGCCUCGUCCCACCCCGAUACGUGUCUCGUCAACAGCUACGUGAUCCGCAAGGCACUCAUCCGGAAGCACUUCCUUUCCGCAACCGUCGACAAUUGGGUGGCGAAGCACCCCGACUCGGUGCUCAAGACACAUGUCAAACGCAGCGAGGCGUUCGAAGUGGAUUUCGCCGAGUUCUUGGACGACGCUCUGAUCGAAGCGUUCGAUCUGCGCGAGAGCUUGGACAAAAAUGCCGCUGCCGCGUACGGAGCGGACGGAGAUGAGGAUGACCCCGAGAGCGUGGCGGAGCAGGGUGACAAUAGCACUCCGGCCGCAGCCACGGUCGCCGAGGGCAAGGGGGAGAAGGAGGAUCCGACCGAGUGGUGGAUCCUCAAGCCCAGCAUGAGUGAUCGCGGGCAGGGUAUCCGGCUGUUCAACACGAUGGAGCAGCUGCAGGAGAUCUUUGACGAGUGGGAACCCGAGAGCAGCGACGAGGAAGACGAAGACGAAGACGGCAACGACAACGAAAACAAAAACGCACAAGAUGACGCUUCACAAGGAGGCGGAGGCGGAGGCGGAGACGACACUGGCAUCAUGACCUCGCACCUGCGGCACUUCGUCGCACAACCCUACAUCCAAACCCCCCUCCUCCUACCCCAACUCAACAACCGCAAGUUCCACAUCCGCGUCUACGUGCUCUGCGUCGGCAGUUUAAGCGUCUACGUCUACCGCGGCAUGCUGGCCCUCUUCGCCGCCAAGCCGUACCAAGCCCCCGGGUCCAAGUCCAGUUCCAACCCGGACUCAACAACCCCCGACCUCGACGCCCACCUCACCAACACCUGCCUACAAACCACCACCCCCGACGGCAACACCAUCGACCUCGUCCACCGCCUCGCCGACCUACCCCUCCCCACCCAACAACUCACCUCCCUCACCGCGCAGAUCUGCGCCGUCACGGGCGACCUGUUCGAGGCGGCCGCGCGCGGCAUGACGGUGCAUUUCCAGCCGCUGCCGCAGGCCUUUGAGGUGUAUGGCCUGGAUUUCCUGGCGGAUGCCAGCGGCACCGCCUGGCUGUUGGAGGUCAAUGCCUUUCCCGACUUUAAGCAGACGGGGGCGGGGCCGGCGGGUCGGGUGGUGGGUGGGUUCUGGGAGGGGGUGGUCAGGAGGGCGGUGCUGCCGUUUGUGAAUCCUGGUGCUGGGGGUGUGGAGGGGAAGAGUGAUGGUGAUGACGGGAUGGUGCUGGUUAGGGAAGUGGAUUUGGGGAGGCGUUGGUAG